GCUCCUCCCCUUUGUGGGCGUGGCUGCCGAGGUGCCAUUUUCCCCUCAGAGAGCCAUGUCUCGUCCGGCGCGGCUCCGUCUCCGCGAGGGCGAGAAGGCCGAGCUGCGCCUCCUCAACGACCGCCUCGCCAACUACAUCGAGCGCGUCCAGGCCCUGGAGCUCCAGAACGGGCGCCUCCUCCUCCGCGUCUCCCACGAGGAGAACGAGGAGCAGCGGCAGAAGCAGCCCGGCGAGGCCCGAGGCCUGCACGGCGCCCACCAGGCCCGGCGAGAGGAUCACGACAGCGCCGCUAACCGCCUCCUCCGAGAAAAGGCCGCGACCCUGCGCGCGCAGAUCGAGCAGACCGAGAGCAGCCUGAAGAAGAAGGAGGGGGAGUGUGUGUGGUGGCGUUCCCGUGCGCAGGAGCUGGAGGGUCUUCUGCGGGGCCGCGAGGGGGACCUGGCCAUGGCCCUGGCCCGGAAGAGGGACCUGGAGGCCGAGGUGGACGCCCUGCGCACCCGCCUGGCACAGUCGGAGGAGUCCCAGGCGGUGGCCAAGCGGCAGCUGGAGGCGGAGACGCUCCUGCGGGUGGACCUGGAGAACCGGAACAUGAGCCUCCGGGAGGAGAUGGACUUCCAGAAGAGCCUCUUCCAGCAGGAAGUGCGGCAGCGGGAGGAGCGCCCCCUGGUGGCGGACCCUGGCCCUGCCCAGAAGGAGGCUCCGCCGCCCGUGCCGUUGUCCGAGGCCUUGGAGGAUCUCCGCCGGCAGCACCAGGCGCAAGUGGAGCUCUACCGGGAGGAAGUGGAGCAGGCCUACCGGGCCAAGCUGGAGAGCGCCCGGCUGUGCUGCGACCAGCGCGGGAAGGCGGCGGGGGCGGCCGAGGAGGAGCUGGCAGAGGCGCGCCUGCGCAUCCGGUCCCUGGGGGAGCAGCUCCGGGCCCUGCAGGAGAGGGCGGCCGCGGCCGAGGAGCGUCUGCGGGAGGCGGAGGGCCGGCUGAGCGCGGAGCGGGAGGCCUUCCGUGCGGCGCUGGAGGCCCAGGAGCGCGAGGGGCGGGAGAUGCGGGCGCAGCGGGAGCAGCAGCUGGGACAGUACCAGGACCUGCUGGACGUCAAGCUGGCCCUCGACAGGGAGAUCGGCGCCUACCGGAAGCUGCUGGAGGGGGAGGAGCAGAGGCUGAAGCUCUCCCCGAGCCCGGCCCGCCUCACGGUCUCCCGGGCCACGUCCUCCUCUUCCUCCUCCUCCUCUUGGCGGGGGAAGCGCAAGCGCCGGGAGGAGCUCCCCAGUGAGACCAGUCCUGCCACCAGUGCCUCCCAGACGGACUCAGCCCCAGGCAGCAACAUCCACAUCGAGGAGGUUGACCCACAAGGGACGUUCGUCCGGCUGCGGAACCGCUCCCACCAGGACGUGUCUCUGGGGAACUGGAGGCUGAAGAAGGUGGGCGGAGAGCGGGGAGAGGCCGCCACCGCCGACGCCUACAAGUUUGGGCCCCGAUUGGUGCUCCGGGCGGGGCAGAGCGUCACGGUGUGGUCAAGCGAUGCCGGGGGCCCCCCACACCCGCCCGGGGCCCUGGUCUGGAGGGGCCGCAGCCGCCCCUGGGGCCCCGGGGACUCCGCCCGCCUGCUCCUCACCAACACCCACGGACAGGAAGUGGCCACAAGAAGCCUGUCCCCGGAAGAGGAAGAGGAAGAGGAAGGAGAGGAAGAGGAAGCCCAAGACUUUGGCCAGGAAGACCUCUUCCACCAACAGGGAGACCCCCGGACCACCUCCAAAGGAUGCGCCGUCAUGUGACCAGAAAGGAAGAAGGACAAAAAGGAGUUGUAGUUUCCUCAUCUUUCCCCAUGUUUUUUAAUGAUAGAUUAUUAUAUUAUUAUUAUUAUUAUUAGGAAAUAAUGACCUUGAUAACCAUGUUGGGUUUUGUUGGGUUUUUUAGGCCGGAGCCUUGUUUUGUACGACACAAAGAAUUAUGAUAAUAAUAAUAAUAAAAGGCUCUGUGUUUCUA